CUUCCACCCCUCCACUUUUUUGGUGAUUUCCAACAUCAUUUUGCAUUAACUUCUUUAAACUCAAACCUUCAAUUCUCCAUCCAUGGCUUCCCUUCCAUCGUUCGAGGAUCAGGGUAAGUUGAAGGAAGAGAUUGCUGCAGUAGAAGAGUUCACUCUAGACGGAACGGUCAACUAUCAUGGUCAUCCUGCAGUUCGAUCAAAAUCCGGCUCAUGGGUUGCAGGAAUUAUAAUUCUUCUGAACCAAGGGUUGGCAACGUUGGCAUUUUUUGGAGUCGGAGUAAACUUGGUGCUAUUUCUAACUCGGGUUUUGCAACAAAGCAACGUUGAUGCGGCUAAUAAUGUCAGCAAAUGGACCGGAACUGUUUACAUCUUCUCUCUCGUGGGAGCAUUCCUUAGUGAUUCUUAUUGGGGCAGAUACAAAACCUGUGCCAUCUUUCAAAUCAUUUUCGUCAUUGGCCUAGUGUCAUUAUCACUCUCCUCCUACCUCUUCCUGAUCAGACCCAAAGGCUGUGGCGAUGAACACACGCUCUGUGGAAGUCAUUCCAAAACCGAAAUUUCCCUCUUCUACCUUUCCAUUUACCUCACAGCUCUUGGCAAUGGCGGCUAUCAGCCCAACAUCGCCACCUUUGGCGCCGAUCAAUUCGACGAAGAGGAUCAGAAAGAGGGCCACUAUAAGGUCGCUUUCUUCAGCUACUUCUACCUUGCCCUAAACCUCGGAUCGCUGUUCUCCAACACCAUUUUAGGGUUUUUUGAAGAUGAGGGCAUGUGGGCUCUUGGGUUCUGGGUCUCCGCCGGGUCCGCCAUUGCUGCUCUGCUCUUGUUUCUUGCCGGAACUCCGCGGUACAGGCAUUUCAAACCCUCUGGAAACCCUCUUACGAGAGUUUGUCAAGUCGUUGUCUCCGCCGCGAAGAAAUGGCGGGUUAGGGUUCCAUCUGGAGGAGAGGGGUUGUUUGAGGAUAAUGAGAAGCAAAACCCUAACAAUGGCUGCCGGAAGAUUUUACACACUAAUGGAUUCAAGUUCUUGGAUAAAGCAGCCUACAUUUCCUCAAGGGAUUCAAGUGAUAAAGAGCAAGGAAUGAUCAACCCAUGGCGCCUCUGCCCAAUCACACAAGUAGAAGAAGUAAAAUGCAUUCUAAAACUGAUGCCAAUCUGGCUCUGCACCAUCAUCUACUCAGUUGUCUUCACCCAAAUGGCCUCUCUCUUCGUCGAGCAAGGUGCAGCCAUGAAAACCACCAUCUCGAACUUCCACAUCCCACCUGCAAGCAUGUCAAGCUUCGACAUUCUCAGUGUCGCCCUCUUCAUCUUCCUCUACCGUCGCGUCCUCGAUCCAUUUGUUGGAAAACUGAAAAAAUCCAGCUCCAAAGGCCUGACCGAGCUGCAACGGAUGGGGGUCGGACUAAUCAUAGCUGUAAUGGCAAUGGUCUCAGCAGGCAUCGUCGAGUGCUAUAGACUCAAAUAUGCCCAAGCUGACUGCACACACUGUGAAGGAUCAAGCUCCUUGAGCAUCUUUUGGCAAGUUCCACAAUAUGCACUGAUUGGAGCCUCUGAAGUUUUCAUGUAUGUGGGUCAGCUUGAAUUCUUCAAUGCACAAGCUCCCGAUGGCCUCAAGAGCUUUGGGAGUGCGCUCUGCAUGACAUCAAUCUCUUUAGGUAACUAUGUGAGCAGCUUGUUAGUGACAAUGGUGAUGAAGAUUUCAACAGAGGAUGACAUGCCUGGUUGGAUCCCUGGCAACCUCAACAAGGGUCAUUUGGACAGGUUCUACUUUCUUCUUGCUGCCUUGACUGUCAUUGAUUUUGUGAUUUACGUUGCCUGUGCUAAAUGGUAUAAAUGCAUCAAAUUGGAAGACAAAUAUGAACAAAAUGAAGAACUAGAAAGCUUCAAAGUCUGAAUAUGAACAUUCCUGAUAUCCCUUUGAAAUAAGAGAGA